CAGUAACUGAUGUAGAAUUUGGCCCAAUGAGAUUUCAUCAAGACCAACUUCAGGUACUUUUAGUGUUUACCAAAGAAGAUAGCCAGUGUAAUGGAUUCUCCAGAGCAUGUGAAAAGGCUGGGUUUAAGUGCACAGUCAUCAAGGAGAUGCAGGCUGUCCUUACCUGUUUCCAGGACAAACUCCAUGACAUCAUCAUCAUAGACCAUAGAAAUCCCCGACAGCUGGAUGCAGAAGCACUGUGCAGGUCUGUCAGGUCAUCAAAACUCUCAGAAAACACAGUUAUUGUUGGUGUAGUCCGAAGGGGGGACAAAGAGGAGGUGUCUUUAAUGCCCUUCCUUGCUGCUGGCUUCACAAGGAGGUAUAUCGAAAACCCCAACAUCAUGGCCUGUUACAAUGAACUGCUGCAGUUGGCGUUUGGAGAGGUGCAAUCACAACUGAAACUCAGGGCUUGUAACUCAGUAUUCACUGCACUAGAGAAAAGUCAAGAAGCAAUUGAAAUUACAAGUGAAGACCACAUUAUACAGUAUGCAAACCCUGCAUUUGAAACAACAAUGGGUUAUCAGUCAGGUGAAUUGAUAGGGAAGGAGUUAGCACAAGUGCCCAUAAAUGAAAAGAAAGGGGACUUGCUUGACGCCAUAAACUCGUGUAUCAAGAUAGGCAAGGAGUGGCAAGGAGUUUACCAUACCCAAAAGAAAAAUGGAGAUAAUAUACAACAAAAUGUGAAGAUAAUACCUGUCAUUGGGCAGGGAGGAAAAAUCAGACACUAUGUGUCCAUUAUCAGAGUGUGCAAUGGCAACAAUAAGAUUGAGACAGUAACUGAAUCUGUUCAGACUGACAGUCAAGCAGAUAAUCUGGCAGGCAAACAUAAAGACAGGAGGAAAAGUUCCGUAGAUGCCAAAGCAGUUUGCUGUAGAACAAGUGAAGUUUCCAAUCAGAGAAGACAUUCCUCUCUGGCCCGGGUACAGUCUAUGAUGAUUGAGGCACCCAUCACCAAGGUGAUCAAUAUUAUCAACGCCGCCCAGGAAAACAGUCCUAUGCCUGUGACAGAAGCCUUGGACCGCGUGCUGGAGAUCCUGAGAACCACAGAGUUAUAUUCACCACAGUUUACUGUUGAGGACGAUCCUCAUGCCACUGACCUUGUUGGGGGCUUAGUGUCUGAUGGCUUACGAAGGUUUUCAGGAAAUGAGUAUGCCCUUGCAACAAAAAACCUUCAGCCGUCUUCAACCAGUAUUCCCAUCCCUGUCUCCCUUCAUGACAUCCCACCACGGAUUGCCCUGGCCAUAGAAGACGAAGAACAAUGGGACUUUGACAUUUUUGAGCUGGAAGCAGCUACCCAAAAUAGGCCUUUGAUUUAUUUAGGUCUCAAAACAUUUGCUCGUUUUGGAAUCUGUGAAUUCUUAAAAUGCUCGGAGGCAACGCUGAGAUUGUGGUUUCAGAUUAUUGAAACCAAUUAUCAUUCUUCUAACCCCUACCAUAAUUCCACACACGCUGCGGAUGUGCUUCAUGCCACUGCCUAUUUUCUUUCCAGAAACAAAAUAAAGGAAACUUUAGAUCGGAUUGACGAGGUCGCCGCCCUCAUUGCUGCCGCGAUUCACGAUGUGGAUCACCCUGGGAGAACCAACUUGUUCCUCUGCAACUCAGGGAAUGAGCUGGCUGUGCUGUACAAUGACCUUGCUGUGUUGGAGAGCCACCACGCAGCACUGGGCUUCCGGCUGACCCUUGAAAAUGACAAAUGCAAUAUCUUUAAAAACUUGGAGAGGAAUGACUACCGGACACUACGCCAGGGUAUUAUCGACAUGGUCCUGGCCACAGAGAUGACAAAGCACUUCGAACAUGUCAACAAAUUUAUCAACAGCAUCAGAAAACCCUUGGAAGAACAAGGAAAUGAGGAAACUGGCAAUAAUCAGGAAGUCAUGAACACUAUGCUCAGGACUCCAGAGAACCGGGCCCUUAUCAAACGAAUAAUGAUUAAGUGUGCAGAUGUGUCCAACCCCUGCCGGCCCUUAGAGUACUGCAUCGAGUGGGCUGCACGAAUUUCAGAAGAGUAUUUUUCACAGACUGAUGAAGAGAAACAGCUGAGCUUGCCUGUGGCGAUGCCAGUUUUUGACAGAAACACCUGCAGCAUUCCCAAGUCUCAGAUCUCUUUCAUUGACUACUUCAUCACAGACAUGUUUGAUGCCUGGGACGCCUUUGUUGACCUACCUGACCUUAUGCAGCACCUAGACGACAACUUCAAGUACUGGAAAGCCCUGGAUGAACAGAAGCUGCGCAGCCUCCGCCCUCCUCCGGAAUAGUGUGGGGUGCACAUCUGGCCUGAGG